AUCCGGGGUCGCUUCCCUUUUUCCAUUUUGAAAGCUUGGCUAUAACACUGGUAGAUUAAAAAGAAGGUCUGUUUAUCAUUUAUAACGUCAAACAAUCUUACAACUACAAUGGACGACCGUUCACUGGAUCUGACAGAGGCACAGAUAGCUAUCAAGUCAAAAUACCCACCAAUCACCAAGAAAUACGAAUACCUAGAUCAUACAGCAGAUGUACAAAUUCACUCCUGGGGAGACACUCUGGAGGAGGCCUUUGAGCAGUGUGCCAUGGGCAUGUUCGGCUACAUGACAGACACAGAAACAGUGGAACCGAUCGAUACUGUUAAGGUGGAAUCAGAGGGUGAAGACAUGGAGUCUCUUCUCUUCCACUUCCUAGAUGACUGGUUGUACAAGUUUUGUGCAGAACUCUAUUUUAUUCCCAGGGAGGUCAAAGUUGUGCACAUAGACAGAAUGCAUUUCAAGAUUCGCUCCAUUGGGUGGGGGGAAGAAUUCAGUCUUGCAAAGCAUCCACAGGGAACAGAAGUGAAAGCCAUCACGUACUCUGCAAUGCAGAUCCAUGAUAAAGAAAAACCAGAGAUAUUUGCAAUUAUUGAUAUCUGACAGCCCCUCCAGAUACAGAUCGCACUUCUGGUUCGAUGGAAACGGAGUAUCUACAUGGCCAAUUUAAGUGGCCUUUUCAUCUAAGACACUGAUUUGUUGACUUAUGAAAUCUGGGUUUCUACUUGUAGAUUGAAAGGAGCGCUUCUCAACAUUAGUUUUGAUUAUGAACACAGCACAAAGUGCAAUGGAAGAGCUCUCUGACCAAUUAUAGAUCAGUUAUAUGACAUUAAUAUCUCAUACGAUCAUUGCAAAAGUCAUAAAAUCCUUAAAUAGAAAUGUGACUUCUGGGAAUAGCAAUUAUAUUCAUGGAAAUACAGUGUAUGGAAAUAUGAAAACUUGUAUAUAAUGUCAUAAUUGAAAGGUAAAACUGAAAACUUUAGAACACUGAUUUUUUUUUUAUAUAUUUGUCAACCCAGUUUUAUUUCAAAUGCAUUUAAAAAUUCGUACACAUUUAAAAUUGCACUUAAUCAUUGCAAAGAAUUUAUUUUUUUGUGGGAUUGAUUGAAUGGUCAAUGGUACUUUCAUUUAAAAUCUCACCUUUUAAUGUUUUGUGGGGGUGUGGUCAUUCUGCAGGGCAAAGCAGAAAAUAGAAACUCAUUUAUUACUACAGAAUACUUGAAUGUCAAACAUUAUAAGAAAAAAUAUGCAUAAAUCAUUCAGACUUAAACAUGGCAACAUAAUAGUAAAUCUUGUAUGAUGAAUCUUUUUGACCUGUUUAAAACUAUGUAAUUAAUAUGUUUGUGCUAUUCUUAUAAUGUUACUAGGGGUGUAAAGAUAAACCAAUACAAAUCGGAAGAUUGACACAAUAGUUAGCUUUACAGCUGCCUUGGUUGAGAACCACAGAAUUGAACCAAACGCAUUUUUAAAAUGGUCUAAAAUUAAUAUGAUGUCAAAUUUUACUUCCUGCUGUGCUCUGCUCUGUGCCUCUUAUGUGAAUGAAUAGUCUUUCAAAUAAAAGCUAAAAUAAAACUGAUUAUCUCCUGAAUCGAAACGAAAUCAUUCUGAAUUGCACUUGAAUCGAAACGAAAUCAUUCUGAAUUGCACUGUCUCGUAGCCUUACAAAUUUAGCUGUAUCGUUUUUGAAUCUAAUCAUGGCCCAUGUAUCGAGAUGCGUAUCGAAUCGAGUGGGAGGAAGAGAUGCACACCCCUAAAUGCUACGAAUGAUUGGUUGAGUUGUUCAACAUGCUGUUGGGAUGUUCAGUAUUUAUCGUUGAAUUUGACCUUUUUAAGAGCACAAAACAUGUAUGUGUUGUGUUGUAAUGAGAAUGUGAACACUGCAGAAUUCUGUUGUGGACACGGACUAAAUGUCAGUGUCCAACAAACUGAUUACUAAAGUAAAUCACAGGUUUUCUGUUUAUUAAAUAUGUUAUUAAUGUACUACUAAUGUGACCACCAUAGUUUAAAAUUGGGUGACUCUGUUAAAACUGGGUGAACUUGCAACUUGAUCAAACCACAUCUGCAAGCCCAGUUUUUACUCCAAAGGCAGUGAGAUGAGAACAAUAGGGCCUGAAAAGCAUUAUCACAGCCACUCAAGUAUAUAUUACAAAAUAGUUUUGUGCACUAUAUAAUGGAAUAUGUUCAUGUCUGGGCAUGUAACUUCUUUAUCAGGUGAAGGAAAAAAACUCGGCUAAACGUACAAUUACAACAAUGUGGAGUGUAACAGUUAAACUAAUCUGUAUUGCCUUGAUCACAUACAUUUGCAAAGCACUGUGCAACAGGAAUGAGUGCAAACUAAGCAAGGAGACUUCUGGAUAAUCUAGUCAUUCAGAUUACACAGUAAAUGAAGACAGUGAGCUGGAUUAUAGCUUCCUUGCUCCUGGAAGGAUGGGUCCUGUGUUGUCUCUGAUGUUUGAAGGUUGACUUGUCAUUAGUUUAAGAACACCUGGUAUUUGUUGGUGUUACUGGAGAAAAUAAGAGCAGAGUGUAUUUUUAAUGUAUGGAGCCACUAUAUAAACCCGACCGACUGCGCAUGUGGAGGAAGCAGCUUCUAUAGCCUCUUGAUAUGAGGCCUGUUUGGGGCAUGAAAACCAUGAUUAUCUACGUUUCCUUUGUGGAGAGGGCAGUGCAGGCAUUAGAAGAUGUUUCAAUGGCAUGCCACUGAUAUAAUGAGGUAAUACAUCUGCUGCCUUUCUCUGCAAACAUGCCUGAUCCUACGCACAGCCUAUGGCGGAUGAAUAAGAACAGGCGCCUCGUUAAAUAAUUAAAGUGAAGA